AUGGCUUCAUUGCACCCACUUACAAGAAAUCUUGACAAGCACCAAUUAACUGGACCAAAUUUCAAUGAUUGGCUCUUAAACUUGAAACUGAUUUUGAACUUGGAGAAAAUUACUUAUGUAUUGGAUGCUCCUGUACCCGUGCCUGCUAAUGAUGAUGGAGGGGAAAAUGUUCCUCAAAACAUUACUCAAGAGGAGCAAGAUACUCUUACCAAGUGGCGAGAUGAUGAUCUCACCGCUAGGAGUUAUAUGCUUGUUUCAAUGAGUAGUGAAUUACAGCGUCAACAUACGAAUAUGCCUGACGCAGAAGUUGAAGGGUUGGGGGAUGAGUUGAAUCCUCACCUCCAAAUUGAUUUGAUCCUUCAGUCUUUGCCAGAUUCGUAUGAAAAUUUCAUAUCGAAUUUCUAUAUGAAUAAAAUAGAGUGUACUCCGGCUGAGUUAAUGAACAUGCUUAUUACGGCACAAAACAACAUGAAAACGGGUACUGUGAUGGCUGUUACCUCUUCCAGUAAGACUAGGAAGGGGAAAGGCAAGAAAAAGGCCACACAAGUACCACAGGGGGCCAAGACAAUAAGUAAGAAGAAGGGAAAAGCUGUUGCCAAAGGAAAAUGUUUCCACUGUGGCAAGGACGGGCACUGGAAGAGGAACUGCAAAGACUACCUCAGUUCCUUGAAGAAGGAAGCGGAAGGAUCUGGAGCAAAGUAGAAGGCUCGCAAAUGAUGAGAUCGUGCUGAAGGUGGCAAACGG